UUUGGGUCCGUACAGUUUCCGGUGCGUCGUUUUCUCCGCUCCGACCCUUUUCUUCCUUCGCUCCGGAGCCUUAUCUACUCUGUGGCCCACGUGUGGAGUUAUUUAGGUUUUUAUAUCAAAGUUUGCUGUUUAAGUCUGGACCAAAUGGCCUCGUCUUUCGAACAGAUGCGGGCGAACGUGGGGAAACUCCUUCGAGGAAUCGAUAGGUACAACCCAGAAAACCUUGCAACACUGGAGCGCUAUGUGGAGACACAAGCUCGAGAAAACGCCUACGACCUGGAGGCCAACCUGGCUGUCCUGAAGCUGUACCAGUUUAACCCAGCGUACUUCCAAACUCAGGUGACCUCACAGAUCCUCCUGAAGGCUCUGACCAACCUGCCACACACUGACUUCACCCUCUGCAAGUGCAUGAUCGACCAGUCACACCAGCAAGAGGAGCGUCCCAUCAGACAGAUCCUGUACCUGGGGAACCUGCUGGAGACGUGCCACUUCCAGAGCUUUUGGACGAGUCUUGAGGAGAACAGAGAGCUCAUCGAUGGCAUCACCGGCUUUGAGGAUUCUGUCCGCAAGUUCAUCUGCCAUGUGGUGGGAAUCACCUACCAGACCAUUGAGCACCGGUUACUGGCGGAGAUGCUGGGAGACCCGCUGGACACUCAGGUGAAGGUUUGGAUGAAUAAGUAUGGCUGGACGGAGAACGAGGAUGGACAGAUCUUCAUCUACAACCAGGAGGAGAGCAUCAAGCCCAAGAACAUCGUGGAGAAGAUCGACUUUGAGAGUGUAUCCAGCAUCAUGGCUACAUCUCAGUGAUACACCAGUCGUGAUGGAGUCAACAGGUCAUUUGUUAUCAUAGUCACUCUCUUCUCAUUAAAAGUUAUUUAUCAUUUA